UCCAUCUCCGUGCCCGUGGUCGUGGACCGUGGUACCAAGUACCUAAAAUUAUAAACUAUUCCACUUUAAUUCUACUAGAGAAUCUAGAUUAUAAAGUAUAAAUAUUAAAUUGCAGUUUAGAUAUAAUAACACGAAAGCUUAUGUUUUCCAUUAUGUCGUAAUUCGUAAUAAUUCAUUUCAUUGUUAAUUUUGUUUAAUAACUUUAAUUGUAAAGUACCUAAUUGGUAUUCUUAUUUGAAAUUUUUAAAGCAGUAUUUUAUUAUAGGUGUACAUGUGAGAAAAUUAAGUGAUAAAUCUAAAUCAUCGUCACUAGUUGUUGUUUCUUUCAUACAAGUCUGCUUGUUAGAACAAAAUGAGUUAUCAAGAUGAAUAUGUUGGAUCUUUUCCAAAGGAUUUUAGUUAUGGUCCAUUUGAGCAAAAUGGUGACAGUGAUAAUACAUCGCUGCAGGAAGAUCAUAAGCCAAGAAUACUUCUGAUGGGCUUAAGAAGAUCUGGAAAAUCAUCCAUUCAGAAAGUUGUUUUCCAUAAAAUGUCACCAAAUGAAACCCUGUUCUUAGAAUCAACAAACAAAAUAGUUAAGGAUGAUAUAAACAAUAGCAGCUUUGUACAAUUUCAAAUUUGGGACUUUCCAGGUCAGAUAGAUUUUUUUGAUGCAACAUUUGACUCAGAUACAAUAUUUGGGGGAUGUGGAGCUUUGGUGUUUGUGAUCGAUGCACAGGAUGAUUAUCAGGAUGCCCUAGACAAAUUACAACUAACAGUUACAAAGGCAUAUCGGGUUAACAGCAAUAUAAAAUUUGAAGUGUUUAUCCACAAAGUUGAUGGCUUAAAUGAUGACUAUAAAAUGGAAACACAGAGGGAUAUACACCACAGAGCCACCGAGGACCUUGCCGAAGCUAGUCUAGAACAUGUACAUUUAUCUUUCCACUUAACAUCUAUAUAUGAUCAUUCAAUAUUUGAAGCAUUCAGUAAGGUGGUCCAGAAGCUGAUACCUCAGCUGCCAACUCUAGAAAACUUACUCAAUAUACUUAUAUCGAACUCUGGUAUAGAAAAAGCAUUCCUGUUUGAUGUCGUGUCAAAGAUAUACAUAGCAACAGAUAGUUCGCCAGUGGACAUGCAAAGCUAUGAACUAUGUUGCGAUAUGAUUGAUGUUGUUAUUGAUAUAUCUUGUAUAUAUGGGAUUGUCGAUGAUGCAGAGGCAAACACAUUUAAUAGUCAGAGCUCGAGCCUCAUCAAACUAAAUAAUGGAACGGUCUUGUAUCUGAGAGAAGUCAAUAAGUUCUUGGCUCUGGUAUGCAUUCUUCGCGAGGAGAAUUUCCAAAAGCAAGGUGUUAUUGACUACAACUUCUUAUGUUUCCGAGACGCAAUUACACAAGUAUUCGAACUGCGCAAUAAGGCACAGAACGCCAUAGUACAGAGUGAAGAGGAGGUACCAAAUGGAUCAAACGAUGCAGAAAUAGUUGUAAAUCUCCAAUUACCAGUCCCAUAGCACAUUAUGUUUUUAUAUUUUUUUUAAUAGACAUAAAUACAUAACGACCAUAUUCAAUGCUCAAACUAUAUGUCUGGCAAAGCUUUACAAUAAUCUAUUUUGUUUAUUAAGUGUAUAUGUCGUUAUGAAUAUUGUAUGUAUUAACUAUGUGAGAUAUUUUUUAUAAUAUCUGUAUAGCCAUAAAUAUGUUAGAUGCAUAUAUUUUUUUGAGAAUAAGAUACGAGACGAGCAGGACGUUCAGCUGAUGGUAAUUGAUACGCCCUGCCCAUUACCAAUCCUAAAACUUCCGAGCGGAAGUACAAUUGAGCUCGUCACCUUGAGACAUAGAUGUUAAGUCUCAUUUGCCCAGUAAUUUCACUAAGGCGCCUUACUGCUUCACAGUAGAAAUAGGCGCCGUUGUGUUACCCAAAAUCUAGCAAAUCUUGAAGUAGGCGUUACUUUGCGGAAAUCCAUAAUUACCCAGAUGAUUUGAGUUUUCUUUAGUGUUAAUUCCGCCAAUAUUUGUCUUUAAACAAUUCGACACGUGUUUCGCCUAUACACGAAGUAUGCUCAGGACGUGUUGACUCGCCAAAAUCUGGCACGAGACUUACAUUAUCGUGUCAGAACACUAAAGAAAACUCAAUUCAUUUGGAUAAGACUCCCUUUGUUAAAUUCUCUUAGUCGCCUCUUACGACACCCUUGGGCCUGGGACCCCCCUAUUAUUUUUAUGCUCCGGGGAAGUACCCCAUACUUACAUAUAAAUAAUUAAGUUUUUUCUUGAAAAUGUCAUCCUUCUGUAGGAUGAUAUUUGAUAAAAUUCAAUUUUAACAAAUAAUUGUUACAAAAUACUAGUUGACAGCUACCACAAAAAAAAGAAGUGUUAUUCCCUCUUUAACCAGUUAAGCAGGUUAAAGACAAAGCUAAAAUUUUUCCUAUGUUAUUAUUAGUAAGCACUCUCUAACUGAUAGUAAAUUACUAAUACGAGUAAUAUUAGAAUAAAAAUAAUCAUUUACCUGAUAUUUUAACUUACAAUAUAAUACAACAUUAUAUGAGCAUCCAAAUAUAAUUUCUGUAUCAAUGCUGCUAAAGUCUUACUGACAGGUAAAUAAUAGGAUGCCGGGAGAUUUUAGAAAAUUUAUUCAAUAGUCAGCUUUAAUGUUCAAACAAUUUUAGAACAUUAUUCCAGAAGAUAUUUAAAUAUAUUGCAUCUAUGACCAAUGUAUUUUUGUCACAUUUAUAUAGUUAGUAUGUAAAUAAGAUAAAAAUACAGUUAGUUACAUAGUUAUGUGCCGCUGACAACAAUGAACAUCAUCUAAUAUAUUAAAUUCUCAUGUUUGUAGUUAAACUCCUUCGAAACGGCUUGACCGAUUCUCAUGUAAUUUUGAGUGCAUAUUCGGUAGGUCUGAGGAUCGGACAACAUCUAUUUUUCAUCCGCCUAAAUGUUAAGGGUGGUCCACGCCAAUUUUUUUUUAUUUAUUUUUUUAAUUUGUAUGAUUAUGAGUCAGCAUUAAAAAUACAUACAACUUCAAACUGCCACCUAUCUACGAUCAACAAUUACUUUUGUAUCGCGAUUUUAAUAUCGGCAAUACAACGUUUGCUGGGUCAGUUAGUAAACUAUAUAAUGAAAAUGGUCUUUGUUUGAGGGUCAAUCACUCCAAAACCACUGAUCGUAUCGACAUGAAACUACCACCAUUCUAUGCGAAAUUUAUCCUCGAUGGUUUAUGGCUACUAAUUUUUUUAUUGCUUUUGUAAUACGAUGAAUAGAAUUUAAUUUAUUUCGUUUUAAAAUUCGAACACCGAAGCGGGCGGGAACGACUAGUAUAUUAUAUAUCGAUAUCUCAGUUCCAAAGUGUAACAAGACUGCAUUUUUUUUAAUUUUAUGGAAUAGGAGGACAACCGAGCAUACGGGUCACCUGGUGUUAAGUGAUCACCGCCGCCCACAUUCUCUUGCAACACCAGAGGAAUCACAAGAGCGUUGCCGGCCUUUAAGGAAGGUGUAAGUUUGAGAUAAGUAUGAGAAAUUGUUCCAUUAACGAUAACCCAUAAUUACCAAAGAGAAACAAGUACCUACAUAAGAGAAUGCAGUUUUUUAGUUGUUACUUCCAAAUUUUCUUCAUAAGUUUAGAAUGUUUUCAUUUUUCAAAUGACAACUCUGUUUUUUGAAUUAUCUUUGAGAAGAAAGAACGUUUCUGAAUUGUUACUCUUUGGUCACAUAUCAAGAUGAAGUAGCCAGUACAUAGAAAGCCUUAAAGUAGAAGGGGUUAAACCGAUCAGACGAAGUCUGUGUGGGCGGUUACAUUACCCCAUUACAUUUGCCCUUGACACUCUUGACGUGAGUUAGUGUGGUUAAUCUGUCAAGAGUGUAUCAACCGAGAAGAAAACUUCUUUGGAACUGAGGUAUCAUUAUAUAUGGAUCUUACUUACUUAAUAAAUACUGAGUGGAAUUAGGCAAAUAUUAUAUUUUAUAUGCACUGAAAGAUUUGUACCUAGUAGUUAUUUGUAAAUGGUUGUUGCGAUCAGAUAUUUUGAUACUCACCCAGUAUGUAUCUAUACCUGUGUGAUACAUUAUAGUUUAUACUACAUAUCACCUGUAUAAGUCUUUUGUUAUUUAUGCAAAUAAGGGACGAGACGAGCAGGACGUUCAGCUCAUUACAAUACAGUGCCGCUCAGGAUUCUUGUAAAAACCCAAAAAUUCCGAGCAACACUACAACGGCGCUCGUCACCUUGAGACAAAAGGUGCUAAGUCUCAUUUGCCCAGUAAUUUCACUAGCUACGGCGCCCUUCAGACCGAGACACAGUAAUGUUUACACAUUACUGCUUCACGGCAGAAAUAGGCGCCGUUGUGGUACCCAUAAUCUAGCCGGCUUCCUGUGCAGAGGAGCCUCCCACUGGUAAACCUUCAUAAUCUCUUUGCUUCUCUUUUAGACUAAGCAGUAAUAUGAUAAUGAAUAUUACCCCAGUAUUCCUUCACCCAUCCUUUUAUUCUGGAGUAAUUUAUAAUAAAAGUGAAGCUUUAUUUUAUAAUUAGGAAAAUAAUAUUUUUUUUUAUACCUACAUCAAAAAAUUCCAGUAAUAGGUAAACAUAAUGUAAUACAUCGAGAUGUAUAUUAGAUAAUAAUAUAUUUUAAUAAAUAUGUAUAAAUUAGAAUUAGGUUAUCUAUAAUAUAAACAAGGUUUUAUUUCUGUUUAUCACCAGAUGUAGUAUUAUUUGCUACAAAUGUACAUUGAUGAAGAAUUGAUGGUUGGUUUCUUAUACAAACAAUACAUUUAAAAAAAAAAUUCGCGUUGAAACCUUGUCUUAUUAAUCUCUUUGUGAAGUGUUCAGUCGUCAGACGUCAAUAUUCAUACGCUACUUUUGAUUGAUUCUUUUUUAUAUUAAUAUAAUAUGAUAUGUGGUGUCUACAAUUGAAAGUCUGAAGAAACAGACGGACAAACGAAAAAAAAUUUUUCUGUUAGGUACUGGAACAUUUAAUCGCAUUACAUUGCAGACACUAACUUUAUUUAAACAUGUAGAUGUUUAUGAAAAACAUGAAGCUGUAAAUAUUAAUAUGCCUAGAUUGAAACACACCCAGUAUCUGUUUGGGUUUUAGUAUAUUAAUAAUAUUACUUUAAAGGCCGGCAACGCAUGCUUUCCACAACCUUUCUUCAAUGGUUCUAACUUGUAUGACCACUUCCUAUCCCAUGAGUGUCUUGUCCUUUUGCCCCCUAUAUAAAAAAGUAUCAGGCAAUAUUAAAAAUGCAUAUCUAAGUCCGUUUUUUUAUAUUUAAGUACCUAGUUGUUUGUAAAUGAGCAAUAUAUACUACAUCUGAAAAUAUUGUGUAAAAAAUUAAAGUUUUUGUUAUUA